CCGGGUUAUGGGGGCACCUGGGGUGAGCGAAUCACCUUUUGUCCCUAAGUAACUAUCAACACCGGUCGUCGUGUGUUGUUUUUCUUCUCUUCCGUAAAGCUUGAACCCGAGAGGAUCGUGAUCUCAGUUUAUCCUAUUUGUUGGCUACUUUUCCUCCGGAAGAUUUUGGGCGAGACUACAGACCGCCUUCAACUCCGACCUCCACUGGCGGCGAAAAUUGUAUGUAACCGCUGCCGACGGCUGACUAGUGAUUCCAAUCCAGCGGGGAAGGUCGAGAGUCACACGGUCCUGUAUGGCUAGCGAGGAGGAUAAUCUUAAGUUGGAGCUGAUCUCGGGGAGAGCUCGAGACGUCCGUUUUAUCAUUCCAUUUAUCGCAACAAUCAUCGACAGAAUCUAGUUAAGGGAGAGAGCCCUUAACAAUUGGUGCUUUCAUUGUUGAACUCAUGUCGGAUUUUCAAUUGAUCAUAGGUCGCACGGAGCCCUUGUGUUCCCUCCCGGCGAUUACUGAUCCGGUGUGGUCGCCGGCUGUGGAUUCGACCUCUGUCGACCCGAUCAGAGUCAUGUUCGAGCAUAUGUUGGCGGGUAUGGCGCGCUUGGAGACUCGCAUGGACGAGUAUGAUCGCCGACUGCCCGCGUGUCACACGCCUAGACCGGAGCCGAAGCCGCUGGACGAUCGCCCACGAUCGCACCCUCUGGACGCAGCCGCGUUCGCUCAGCCGCUCUCCGCGGUGUCCAUCACCGUACCGCAGCAGUCGUCGAGCGGAGCAUGUACGAGCCGCCCUGACGGGUUUCAUCCAAACCCUAAUUAUGCAUCAGACGAUCCUCAGCCUAGGUUCGGAAAUCAGCUAUCAUCGUGGGACCUCCCACCCUCCUCGCGACCUCAGCCCACAUCCUGGGAUCUGCCGCCUGCCUCGCGUCAGCAACACACUUCACAAUGGGGCCAGCCCCCCUCGUCACAUAACCCCACGGCGUUGGAACCAUGGGGCAACCGAUUCCCCGACCUUCGUGUUCCCACCGGACAUCCGUCAUGGGAGCCCGCGGGUCAUCGACAUCAGGCUUCUCUUCCGGCCGUGGAAUACCAUUCAUGGGUCCACCAGCAGUCGCCACUGCUGCCCGUGCUCGACCAACCGUCACCACCGUUCACUGCGGUAUCCGUCGCAACUGCCCCAUUCAUGGACAUCAACGAAGGGUUUCGGCCAAAUCCUCGCGGUGCGUCGGGGUCGCGUCGCACUGGACCAGCCGAGCGCCUGAUCCAACAGGAGCUUCAAUCGACGUGGGAUCUUCCCCCAGCGUCGCGUCCACACUCGGCAUGGGAUAAUUGGGGGAGUCGUUUAAGCGAGCCCCACAUUUACAGCGGCGGGUCGUCGUGGGAUCCCCCGGGGCAGCGGCAGCCGGCGCGCAUGGAUGAAUACGAUCGGCGUCCAUCGUCGUCGCGACUGCCGAAUCUGCCGGAGCCUGACCCUCCCUAUACUCUCGCGAACCACCGACCGAUGGAUGUCAACGUGCCUCACAUCCCUCCGUUCUCGGCGAUUAGCUAUGCUACGCCGUCCUACAUUGAUCCCUAUAGUCAACCGCAGUACUACACCGAUCCCUACACUGAUCCCUAUUAUGAGAAUAAUAUUGGUGUUAGCCCAGCGGUGGUCCAUAAUGUUGUAGUUCAUGUUCCUAAAGAGCCCGCUCUCAUCCAAGUUCAGGAGAAUAUUGUUUCGGAGCGGAGCACGUCAUCUGCAGAAGAAGUUGUUUCUGGAGAACUGUACAACCUCCCAGAGAAUGGGGACUUGCCAGCAAUUCAAGACGAAAAUGUUCAUGUGUCGAAGAAUGUCGUUGAGGCUCGGGAUGAGGUAGAGCCGGUGAUUGAAAACCCCACCAUAAUUGACGAAGCACCAAAGAAGUCGUAUGCUCCUAUUGCAAUGCAUCUCAAGGUAACGACUGCAACUUUAUCGAGGUUUCCAGCUUCGGUUUUUGUGCCAUUCCUCGAAGGGAAGAAGGUUUUUGUGCCAUUCAUCGAUAUGUCAUCCACGGCACGCAUCGAGCCUCACUCGGUGAAUGUUUAUGGGAAUAUUGAAGGAAGUCGUUCAAUUAUUCGGUGGGCAUUUGAUCCAGGGGGAGUUAUCUCGCCAAAGCUGUUGUUUCGGACUCUCUUCGUUGUGUCGUGGUUCCCACCUUGAGGACAAGGUGGAUUUUAACCGCGGGGGAGUUGAUACGUGCAUAUCCACAUGAGAUCCCCAUAUCUUUAUUAAUUAGUUUGAUUUAUCGUAUCUUUAGGAUAUCUAUUUCUUGCUCGUUAAGUUAGUAUUAGUAUUAUAUAUAGGACUAUUGUUCUUCU